AUGGUUACGCAGAUCAGUUGUGACCUGACGCACCCCGUUAAGAACAGGAGCGCCACGGCCCACGGCCGCCGCCGCUCCAGUCUGUCCGCAGGCUCCACCGCCGCCGCUACGGAAGACCGCCGCUCCCGCCGCCUCAGCAGCUGCUGUAUGAUCCCUCGCACCGCCAUAGCCCACGUCGACCCCGUCCAUUUGCUGAUUUUCGACUUUUGCGCCGGGUGCCGCAAGAUGUCGGCAUUCCCGCCAAGCAUGCACGCCGUGUACAAAGUGCGCUCCAAUAUGCAGCGCCAAGAUGCACAAAGCCGAGAAGAUCCAGAGGCAGCUGGGACAGGCAGCGCCGGCCGCGGUGGCUUCCCGCGCCUGGGAAACAAGUUUAUGGAGGACUUGCCCACUAAAUACAGUGAUAAGCUGAUGAAGAGUAUCUGGGGUUUCUACAACAGAUAUUCCGUGCACAAUUUGAAAAAUAUUGAAGAUGGAAACAUCAACAACAGCCAGCAGCAGACGACUUCUGCUGGCUUUGGUGGGCAGAGGGUACCAACACCUCAGCUCACCGCCAACUGGGAUGCUAUGUGGUUCAGUCACAUCUAACUUUACAAGUUUGCUGUAGCUGACACCAGAAGAGCUCCCAUAUCCAAGAUAUGUGUUCCUUCAAAACAACUUUGUGGGUAAUACAUAAACUUUUGUAGAAAAUGAUACCUACCUAUAAUGAUGUGGGUCAGUAGUCUUUCCGUAGUGGUAUAUGUAGCCGCAUAUAUGGUUUAUUAAAAACUAUUUUAAACAUGUAA